GUGACCUGGCUCUGCCAACUGGCCUUGGGGCCUAAUUCUGGAGAUUUCAGAAGGAACUUCUCUCACCUGGGUAUGGAAGUCUUCAUUCUGCUAGUCCUCAGCAUUGGACUUUGCAAGGCUGUCCAUGGCGAAUUGGGUAAAGAUGAUCCAGAAGUUGUCAAUGCUGUGGCUACAGCAAUAAAAGUACUUAAUGAAGACAGAAGUCAUGGGAAUAAAUUUGCCCUCGGGGUCAUCCUUGAUGCCUACAGAAUAGCAGAUGCUAGAAAAACAUUCCUUAUCAUCUAUCAAGUAAGAGAAACUGCAUGUCCAAUAGCUGCGGAUGAGCCUUGGCAAAAGUGUGAUCUUUUAAGGACCUCAAAAGGACACUCUGGAACCUGCAUAGCUGCAAUUGACAUUAAUGAGUCACAACAAUUUACCUUCAUUGAACAAAAUUGCAAAAUUAAACAAGCUGAAGACAAUAAGAGAUCUCUUGCUCAAGAGUGUCCUGGUUGCCACAACCUGAUUGCUGCAGACAGUCAAGAACUGAACAAGCCUCUGGAAGAUGUUGUGAAACUAAUUAACCUUAAAAGCAGCAGUGACUUUUAUUUCAAAAUUGUGAAAAUAACAAAAAUAUCAGGAAAGAUGCUAGUUGGACACGUAUAUCGAAUUGACUUUAAAGCUCAGAGAACAAAUUGCUCCAAGACUGAAGUUGAGAAGCCAGAUGAGAACUGUACUGCUGUGAAAGGCGGGGAACUGAUGUCCUGCCAUGCCUUAGUUUAUGUGAAACCCUGGGAGCCAUCAGUCAAACCAGAGGUGACCUGCACAGAGAACCAACCAUUACAGGUAUUCAAAGCUCUCUCCACCCCUCCUCCUCCUUCACUCUCUCUUUCGAAUACAGAAUGCAAUAAUCAGUGUAUAGGCCCAGAAAUAUUGGUAUAUUUCCCAAGGAAUUGGUAAUCGGUUUUUCAGAUA